AUGAGAUUUGGCGGGAAAAUACUGUUAUUCUGUUACUGCUCUCUGAGACAACUGUAACCAUAACAACCAACAAAAAAACCAAGAAAUGGAUCUCUCUCUCUCUCUCUCUCUCUCUCUCUCUGUGCACAUACGUGUAACAGUUAUAUUCACCUUCUGAUUAGUUCUUAUUAAUUGAUCUCCAAGUCCAAGGCACACUUUGAACAAAGCCCCAAAUUGGUCUCUGAUUAACUCUCUCAACCAAGAUUCGCAUAGAUCAAGAACUUAACUCUCUCUCUCUCUCUCUCUCUCUCUCUCUCUCUCUCAUAUGGCAAACAGAGACUCUCUCCACCUCCUCCUGGUGGCCCUCACCAUAUCCACCCUCCUCCGCCCCAUCUCUACAUCCCAUUCCUCUCCACAUUCAUCUUCUCCCCCCACCACCGCCACCACAGGCACCACCUACUCCACCAUCCGACCACCAAAACCCUCAUCACCACCACCACCACCGUCUCUCCCCCCACAAGAACAACUCCUCGAAAACAUAGUCUCCGCCCUACUCACCGCCGGGGACUUCCGCCACUGGGCCAACCUCCUCUCCGCCACCGACCCAUCAACCCUAACUACCCCACUCUCCACCGCCACCCUCUUCGUCCCGUCCGACCAAGCCCUCUCCCACUUCCCCACCCCCACCGCCUCUCCCCUCAUCUCCUUCGACCCUUUCCUCAUCCCUUACCACAUCAUCCCCCAACGCCUUCCUUUCUCCGACCUCCAGCUCUUCAAACCCCUCACGCGCCUCCCCACCCUCUUGCCCUCCAACUCCAUCCUCAUCACCGUUAACUCCCACUCCAAUUUCUCCGUCGACGGGUCCCCCAUUACCCACCCCGACCUCUAUGUUAACUCCGCCGUCGCCGUCCACGGCGUAAAUAACGUCCUCGAUUACUCCGUUUACGGCGGCGGCGACCGACGGUCUCCCUCGUCGCCGGUAAUUACCAAAGGCCCUGAAACCGAAACGGUGGCACCGCCAUACGUUCCGUGCUGUGGGACGAAAUCGGGUGCCGCAGGGUUGGGCAGUGACGAGUUUACACUCGUUUUGGUGGUUGUUGGCGCCGCUUUUGCAUUCAAGAUUUGACAGAUGAAAAAGGCGGUUAAUUACAGUGUUUGUUGUGCCGUGUUUGGCUCGCAGGUUUCAAAAUUGGUGUUUUGCU